AACACACGCUCCCACCGACGCUGCUGCUCUUGUACGUCUGUACACCCUCGUCCAGUCUUCAAUCGGCUUCCAACUCUGUCACAUCCAACCAGCCGCAUCUUCAUCGUCCAUUCUAGCUCUUUCUAUCUCUCCUUGUUUAUUCUUUCAUCUGAAUUAUUUUCUUCUUCUCUCUAUCAAGUCGAUUUGUUUGGCAUUUAUCGCAACAUUUGACGAGCUUUAUUUUGCCAAAAGUGUCGUAUUUCAAGCCGAGAUUGUGCCCACCAACCGGAUACAAUUUGGAAAUCUUCUCCCACGAAUCUAACCAAAGUGGAAUAAGUUUCAUGGCCUCCGCUGACUUGUCAACGGACCACUGAAAAGAAGAACAGAAGAAAAGCUCCGAGAUAUACACGAGGACAUCCUUUUUGAUCCUCUCCGAUUAAGAGUUGUUAUCGAAUCAUCCGCUAGCCCUCCCUGCGCUUCGACAUGGCCGACAAUUCACCGUUGCCGGUCCCACGGACGGGACCCGGAGACGCACCCAAAGAUCCUGGGAUCGCGUCAAACUGUCACCAAUCCUACACGGAAAAGGAUUUCGAAGGCCACCGGGCUCACACUAUGUACGUGGGUGUUCACGUUCCGUCCAACGGGAACAAGCGGCGUUCACAUCACAGGCGGCACCGCCAUCACCAUCGGCACCAACAUCAGCCCGGCAUAGCUGAAGAGGCCUCUCCAGCUGAUAACUCGGCCAUUCCACCGUCGCAGCGCGUUCAAUUCAUCUUGGGUGAAGAGGCCGACGGAGAUGACGGAACUCACGAAGCCCAUCCGCUUUUCUCCGAAAUGGAAGAACUCUGCUACAAUCACGACGCCGGAGAAGUCGAAUGGAACGAAACGGCACGUUGGGUGAAGUUCGAGGAAGACGUGGAAGAAGGUGGUAGCCGUUGGUCUAAGCCUCACGUAGCGACUCUAUCGCUCCAUUCGCUGUUCGAACUUCGCAGUCUCCUGCUCAACGGACCCGUCCUGCUGGAUGCCGAUGCUCAGACACUCGUCCAGAUAACUGAUCUCGCCAUCGACAUGAUGGCCAAUUCCGGCCACCUUCCAUUCAACUCCAAAGAGAGGGUUCGCGAGGCUCUUCUCAGACGCCAUCGCCAUCUCUACGAGAAGAACAAAGAGAACAGCGCUGCUAAGCUGCCCAUUAUCCGCUCUCUGGCCGACAUUGGCCGCAAUUAUUCUCAAUCGCGAAGUUCGCUGAUGAUGACGGACGUUCCGGUGACGUCAAUGACAGCCAUAAAAGUCACGCUCACGGAGGCCGAUAGCCGCGACGGAAGCGAAAUCGUUUUGUUGGAGCAUCUCGUGCCGACGGCCAGCAACACUCGUCGCAUUAGGUUCGACCAUCAUCACUUGCCAACGGACGACCCGUUUCUUGCCCUCCCGAAUGAUAGGCGGUCAUCGUGGGGUACAGCCUCGCACGCUGCCAUGGCUACGAGUCCCAGUGCAGCUUCGAUGCUGCGCAACACGAGCGAAAAAGACAUGGGCAACGGAAACGGAGACGUUCACAAAGGGAAUACGUCGUUCUUGAAAAAGAUUCCAGCGGGAGCCGAAGCCUCAAAUGUACUUGUCGGCGAAGUCGAUUGCCUGGAAAAACCCGUUUCAGCCUUCAUCCGGCUGGUUCAACCUGUCGUUUUGGGCGAUUUAACCGAAGUUCCCGUCCCGACCCGCUUCGUUUUCAUACUCCUAGGACCAGUGGGUGGCCAAGCCAGUUAUCACGAAGUCGGCAGGGCUAUGGCCACGUUAAUGUCAGACGAAGUGUUUCACGAAGUCGCCUACCGGGCCAAGAAUCGCGAUCACCUAUUGGCCGGCGUUGACGAGUUCCUCGACGCCGUCACCGUCUUGCCGCCAGGCGAAUGGGAUCCCCAGAUUCGUAUUGAACCGCCGGCAGCCAUUCCAUCUCAGAACACGAGAAAAUUCCCCGAAAAGAACAAAGAAGAAGUCAACGAAGAAGAGGAGGAGAGUAAGGUUCGCGAGACUGCCGGCCUGUACCGAACGGGCCGACUCUUUGGCGGCCUCAUCAACGACGUCAAACGAAAAGUGCCGUGGUACUGGUCCGACUACAAGGACGCCAUGUCCAUUCAGUGUCUGGCCGCCUUCACUUUCCUCUACUUCGCCUGUCUGACACCAUUAAUCACGUUCGGCGGUCUGCUGGGCGACGCCACCGAAAACCGUUUGGGCACAAUGGAAUCCCUCUGCUCCGGCUUCCUCUGCGGAAUCGUUUACGGCAUUUUCUCCGGCCAGCCGCUCACCAUCCUCGGCUCCACCGGACCCGUUCUCGUCUUUGAAAACAUUCUCUACGAUUUCUGCAAGAGGAACGAGCUAGAUUACUUGGGGCUGCGAUUUUGGAUUGGCAUGUGGAUUGCAUUUAUUCUGAUCGUACUGGUGGCCAUAGACGCAUCGGCUAUCGUUUGCUACAUUACCCGAUUUACCGAAGAGAAUUUCGCCCUUCUAAUUGCCACCAUUUUCAUCUACAAGGCUAUUGAGAAAGUGUUAUCGAUUGGGCAAAAGUAUCCGAUGAAUCCACCCGUCAUCAGCGACUGCCGCUGCCUACCGUCCAAUUUCACCAUUGAAGCUAGAGACGAUAUCAGUACCAGCUGGUCGGGAAUAUCUUGGCAAGAAUGCCAAUCGGUGUACAAUGGAACUCUGGAAGGAGAGGAUUGUCACCUUGUCAACAAACCUUGGUACCCGAACGUCUUUCUGAUGUCGAUUAUCCUGUGCGUCACCACCUACUUCCUCUGUGUAACGCUGAAGAACAUGAAGCGAACAAAUUUCUUCCCCAAUAGCGUGAGACAAGUGAUUAGUGAUUUCGGUGUUUUCAUCACCAUUUGCUCCAUGUCUCUAAUGGAUGCCCUGGCUGACGUCCGCACGCCAAAACUCCUCGUGCCGGAUGAAUUUAAACCGACUUGGGAAGGGCGCGGAUGGGUCGUGUCGCCAUUCAACAAUCCAUGGUGGACCAUUCCUGCUGCGAUUGCUCCCGCCAUGCUGGCCACUAUUCUCAUCUUCAUGGAUCAGCAAAUCACGGCCGUCAUCGUCAAUCGUCGUGAAAACAAGCUCAAAAAAGGGUGUGGCUAUCACUUGGAUUUGUUUGUGUUGGCCAUUUUAAUCGUCGUCAAAUCAAUUCUGGGCCUCCCUUGGUUUGUGGCCGCUACCGUCCUCUCCAUCAAUCACGUCAACGCUCUCAAACUCCAGACGGAAUGCGCCGCUCCUGGCGAAAAACCCCAAUUCUUGGGAGUCAAAGAACAGAGAAUGACUUUGAUUAUGAUCUCUGUGAUGAUUGGCCUGUCCGUUUUCAUGACGCCCAUUCUGACGUAUAUUCCCAUGCCCGUUCUAUUUGGAGUCUUCCUGUACAUGGGCACUUCUCCGCUGGCCGACAUGCAAUUCUACGAUCGACUCUUACUUCUCUUUAUGCCGACGAAAUACCAACCGGACCACAUCUAUCUACGCAAGGUGACGCUCCGCCGCGUCCACCUGUUCACCUUCAUCCAGUUGCUCUGCUUCAUUGUCCUGUGGGCCGUCAAAGAAAUCAACGCCAUUUCUAUCGCUUUCCCCCUGAUGUUGGUGGUCAUGAUUGGCGUGAGAAAAUCUCUCGAUUUCAUUUUCACCAAGUACGAACUGAAAGUGCUGGACGAUCUGAUGCCCGAAAGUAACACGAAGCACAAGGACGAGGAAGACGAAGAAGUAACUACUCUAGCGGGCGGGACAAGCGUCGCCGCGGUCAGUCAAAUGGCAAUGACGGACUACACCAGUCACAGCGGGAAAAACUUCCAGAUCCAGCUGCCCAACGGAAACAUCAUGAACAUCCCUGUCGAUAGUUCAACGGCAGGUGGAACCGGCGGUGGCGGCGGCGGUGCCAAUAAGGCCAUGAACAUUUCCGAGGAGGUCAAUCGAAGUGGCGUCUGGAAAACCGUGAACAUCGGCAACGUCCUCCCAGCGUCCACUUGCAUCCAGGAGAGCAAGCCGACGUGUCGCAACAACCGGCGCCGAGAAAAGUAGAUAUUCCUUUUUUUGUUUGUUUGCCCAGCAUCAUCAUAUAAUAUUAUAUAUCUAGUUUACAUUACUGAAUUUACCAAAACAGUAACUGAUUGUGUUUUUUAAUGUGUUCUUUUCAUUGUAACGUGUGUUUGUUGACUUCCUCUUUCACGCCACAAUUCAAAAAAAAAAUCCGAAAUCAAAGAAACAAAUCGAAUCAAGGCGACGGGCAUAUUAAAUAUGACAGAGCGCGUCAACUUAAAGAAAACCAAAUUCGAAUAAGCCAGAAAAUGACGCCGUUGUGUCCAUUCCAUUUUUUAAAAGUAGCGACGAGAGGGGGAAAUAUUAUUGCGAUUGGGAAAUCCCUGAUAUUUUGUCAUUGAUGUCUUGUUAAUAUUGUGUCUUUUUAUGUUGUUGUUUGUUGUUGUUGUUGCUGGUUUUUGAAGCGAUGGCGUUGGUCAACGUGCCAAAAACCGCAACAGAUAUAAAGCCGCGAAGGUAGGUGAUGGCAUUAUAUUAACGAUGUGAUUUUGAAUAGGAAGCAUUUUACUAUUUGACGAAAAAAGCAAGUGGAUGAACGCAACAUACACACGCCCAGUGAUUGAACGUAUUUGACCAUGAGAGAAUUAUCUAUCGCGUGUGUAGCCUUAAUUUCUCUCAGCAUUCUAACAUGGUUGUAAACAUGACAAACGAUGAAGGACGACGAAGAAAUAGACUUACAAAAUCACGA